AUGCUGAGUAGAAGUGGCUCGUGUUGCCGAGUCCUGCGGAGGCGGGUGGCCGUCAACGUGUCCCGGUGCUACUCUAGGGUCUCCCCGCCACCGCCUGCUCCGGCGACGGUCAUCAGGGUCUCCAAGAACAACUUGGCCUUCCUGGGCCCCCCAAAGGAAGGCCCUAAGCCAAGGCAGCUCCUUGCGCUGCCCCCGUUUCCCGCAGACGGCUCCAACCCUCUGCCUGGUAGGAAGAACUUCCCCCCGGCGGAUGAGCCGGGGCGAGCGGCCGCCAGGGUCACCGCAAUAACCUGGGCUAAGCACUACUUCUCAGAUGUCCCCCCCGCCGUCAUCCAGAGCCAUUUCAACAAGGGCCUGGUGAGUCCCAUCCGCUAUUUCUCAGGCUUGCCCAUCUCCCCGUCUUUUUUGCCGAUGAUCAGCGUCGAUAUUCGUUCAAACUUGCUCGCGUACCACGCACCCAUCAGAGAAAUGCGACGAUCCUCCCCCAAUCUGCAAGAUAUGAAUAGCACUAGCGCCGAUUCUCCCUUCGCCUGGUUUCUGGACAUCGUGCCUGAACCUCAUUCUGGUUGGAGGCUCUGGUUUUCCCUUUCCCCCAAAACCUUGGGAAAAGACAACAUCUAAUGCUUCCUUACAAAAGAGACCAAGUAUUUGCUCCUCCGGCGUUCGUAGCUUUGGGUGUUGACUGCAGAUUCUGCGUAGCUCAAGGGUUUGAGAUAUUCCACAAACUCCGGAGAUACAAAUUCCACUUGGGUUCUUUUCUUCUCCUAUUGCUCUCCCGUCAGGAUGUUAAAUUGAAAAAAAACAAAACAACAACGGGGCAGAUGAUGUAGCGAUAUGGGAACCAUGCUUGUCUGAAUAUUGUGGUUAUUGCUUCAUGGUCUGCGUAAACACAUACACCCACUGAAUGCCGAUGUGCGCGUAUUGGCAUCGGUUGUGAAUUGGAUUAAAACCAAAAACCGGGACUUUUCUUAACUGAUUAGGGGCGUAAUGAUAGCAAUUUAUGCGCGGUAUUGGGCAUCCCACGCUGAGUAUUCCUUGCUUUACAUAGUUUGAGCUCACGUGGGUUCUCUCUUCCACUGUGGAUUAGGUCCUGGCGGCGCGUCCUGAUCAUGAAGCAGCGUCCCUUGGGAAGCAAAGGUCGAUUCCGAAGACGAGGGAGGUAAUAUCAGUUAGUUACUCUAUGGUUUUGGUCGCUCAUUUUACUGGCGGUGCACCGCAGACAAUAUUGCUCGAUUUUAAGCAUACCGAUGUAGUCCACAGUUGGCUGGAUAAUCUUGCUCGUUUCUCCCUCGUGAUAUUUUCCCUAAUAUGAUGUGUUUGUUAUAUGCCCCGGUGGACAUCUUUUAAAAACACUUGGAAGAAACCUACUACUGAUAUUGAUCUUGCAUUGCUCUGAGGCAUGGGGCACAUUUUUUACUUGCUCUGAGGAAGUUUGCCAAUCUAUUUACAGAUCAAACAUAACGAAACAAUGGAGCCCGGCAUGCAGAUUUUCAUGCCGGUGUCUGUUGCAGAGAUGAAAAUUUCGAGAAGAUAUGAGACCAUCCCAACCACGACUCUCAAUCCAAACGCUGACGAAAUCGAGUACUUACAGAGGCUUGUGGCCUACCAGGCACGCACCCAUUCUCUAUGCACGCUACCAUGGUGGAUUUCUUUGCACGUUACCCAUUCUACCAUGGCAGUAUGGUUCUAAAGAUGGUGGCAUCUUGGAUAUCUCUCUGGUCAGCUCCCUUUUGUUGACAUGAAAAUAUUAUGCUUGCAGGAUUCUGCCAUAAUUGUGCUGAACAAGCCCCCAAAAAUGCCCGUCAAGGUCAGCGUCUCAGAAUGGUUUUGCAGAGUGAGGUUAUGCGUCUUCAUGUUGUUUCAUCCCCGGGCACAUGUAUUUUCAGGGAAGCCUGCCCGUUCACAACGGCAUGGAUGUUUUGGCCGCUGCGGCAUUGUCUUAUGGCAAUGAGGAGGGUCCCAAAUUGGUAAGCUGUUGGAUGCCUGAUGUGUGAUGCAUCUGGGAGCAUUUUUUUCUACUCCAGCCAUUUCCAUGCUUACGAAUCCCUCCGCCUUCUCUGUGUUGUUCCUUUUAUAUUUCCCAUAUCGGCAUUGAUGGGCAGGGAGAUAAAUACCUGCCGUUCAUAUUCACAACAGUGUCUCGCCAGUGGUGGGCUCAAGAAUCUCCUUUCUUUUUUGUGGCAAUUCGCCAGCAUCCCUGCUUCUGAGUCUUUCCCUGUUGGUCAGGUGCAUCGGUUGGACGCAGAGAGCAGCGGCCUACUCUUGAUGGGCAGGACGAGAGAAAGCACUGCGUGGUUUCAUUCGCUCUUCAGCAGCGUCCGUCAUGCGAAAUCGUCUUCGGAGGUACUAAUCAGCGUGGAAUCUUUACCUGUUUCCUUGAACUCACUUAUCCAAAAUACCCUGUGUUCGGAAAAACCGAAAUGGAGAAUACCUCGAGCUACCUCCUUGGAGAAAUUUAAAUCCGCCCUUCAGUGCUUGGAGAAACUCCUCCGCACCCCCCACCCCCUCCUGUCAUGAAUGGUGUACCGAUUUAUGGAGGUUGGAGUGCCGAUCCUCCCCUGUAGACUUUCUUUAAUUCAUAUUUUUCUAUAAAAAUUACCCUGAAAGAGAAGAGAAGGGAUUAUUUUUAAAGUGGUGAAAAAUAUUUUAGUGUUCAUUUUUGGGGGAGUGAAUGUGGAUGAAAGCUAUAAGAGCGUGAACCGUUUGUUCAUUGUCCGGGUGCAUCUAUGGAGGAGUGUACAGAGUGGAGACCAUUUCUUGACCUUUACUGUGCCAUCUUUGAGUCUUGCCAGUCAUGGGAUCUUUCUCCUCAGAUACCCGUCGUUUUUUUUUUAAUUUUCGUCGAAUUUUCCAAUCGUGCCCUAUUAUUAUUAUUUUCUUCAAUUUUUUUGUUGAGUUUUUACUGCUGAUGUUUCCUGAAUGAUGAUCUGCCACCGGCCAAUUUCCUAGAUUUCGAAUGGAGCCCACAAAGCUACGGUCCAGAAGUACUGGGCGUUGGUAAUUGGCCGCCCCAAGGAACCGGAGGGGGUCAUCUGCGCUCCACUUUCAAAGGUGGUCUUUUUUUCUUUCUGGUUUCCUCGGGUUCUCUCCUCGUACUGUUCUAUCGCCUGCCCUACAAUCUAUGUUGAAGCAGUUGAAGAUUACCCAAUGACAUUAGUUGCCAACGUGAGGUGUGAAAUCGAUCCGCAGUGGGGAUAUGGAGAAGGCCUUCUGCGUGGAGUAAUGCCUUGAGAUAUGUGCAUCGAUGGCAGCGACAUGAGAUGACAGAUGCAUGCUUUUUAAUUUCAGGUGCUGCUAAGUGGCGGUAGGACGGAGAGAGUCAUCCUUGCCCACCCCUCCGGCAUUGAUGGCCACCGAGAUGCGGUGACGGAGUAUCGAGUGCUGGGGCCGACCAUUAAUGGCUGCUCCUGGGUCGAACUGCACCCGCUGACCGGUCUAAAACACCAGGCAUGGCUCACUGCAACCCCUCUCUGCCCUCGAGUUGAUCUCAGUUCAUAUUAUUCACGUAUAGAAAUGAUUCAGAGAUCAAUCUACGAGUGCCAUGCUGAAGCCGGAGUCCUGGUUAAAUCCCGUAUCGCGUACAAAUCUCGUGGAGCUACGCCCUCUGAUGAUGACUUUUCCCUUUUUUUUCUAGAGUAAAUCGCAUAUUCUUCAGUUUCAUAGGUCAACGGAAGAGCCGGUCUUCGAUGAUAGGGGCUAUGUUGCUUUGGAGACCCGUUCAUUUGGCAUUAUUUCGGCGGAGAUGGCAUGGUUCUUACGCUCGGCUUUCUUUUGAACCCACCAGCUCCGAGUGCACUGCGCGGAAGCGCUGGGCACCCCGAUAGUUGGCGACUACAAGUAUGGGUGGUGCGCCCAUCAACGGUGGAAGCAGAUGCCCCAGGUAGACUACGAGCCGGUGACUGGUGAGGCUUACAGGCUAAGGAGACCCGAAGGCUUGGCCGUCCAGAAGGGGAGCGUACUCUCCAAGGUUCCCUUGCUCCACCUUCACUGCCGGGAGAUGGUGAUCCCGAAUGUCGCAAAGGCUCUCAGGCUUGGCCGCGAAGGUGGUCCGUCGCCUGGCGGAACUGGUGAUCUUCUCCGAUUCGUCGCGUCGAUGCAUUCCCACAUGCAGAUUAGCUGGAACGUCAUGUCCUCAUAUUUGGUCUGA